AUGCAUGUCUGCAUUUUGAUGUUUCAGGGCCAUGACGUGCUGGACUACACUGGGCCCUAUGAGGUCUUUGCAAAUGUCCUCGACAAUCCUGGUUCCGAAAACCCAAGGCAAAUCUUCGACAUCACACUUAUUGCUGCCGAUAUGGUAAUCCAGUCAUCCAGAAGCCUUUGCGUGAACCGCCAUAUCUCGAUCCAAGAAGCACUCGCAAGAAUCAUGGACUACGAUAUCCUCGUCGUACCCGGCGGACCCGUGAGGACCUUGAAGAGUCUUUGCCGACCCGAUAGCACCGAGUUGGAAUUCAUUCGGUCAUUUGCAGCACUGCCUGAGCGCAUAGGAAGACAAGGACGCAUGAUCCUUUCCGUGUGCACAGGAUCGUUGCUCCUGGGAUACAUUGGCCUAUUGAAAGGGCGAAAGGCAACAACACACAGCAAAGCGCUUGAAACUCUACGAUAUGUUUGUGAUAGCACGUUGGGAAAUGGCGAGACUGGCACUGAAGUGAUCAAAGCUCGGUAUGUGGAUGGAGGAGCCCUUGGGAACGGCACAAGAAUCGUAACUAGUGGGGGAAUCUCCAGUGGCAUUGAUGCCAGUCUUUACGUGUUGUCACUUGUGGCGGGUCGGGAUGUAGCAACUGUUGCCAUGCAGAUCAUUGAGUUCGUUAGGUCUUCUAGUUUGCGCGAAAUUGAGUACAUCUGA